AAACCAACCCAAACUCUCACCUUUACAACACAAACACAAUCACGAUUAAUGGAAGCCUUUUCUUGGGUUGUUUUAGCCACGGCAUGGCUAGCUGCUCUAGUCUUCUUGAAAAGAAUCACAACUUCCUGGCGCCAACCCCUAAAUUCUGCACCUGGUCCUAAACCAUGGCCUAUCAUCGGCAACCUUAACCUCAUUGGUCCACUUCCUCACCAAUCUCUUCAUAAACUAGCCCAAAAAUAUGGAUCCAUAAUGCAACUUAAGUUUGGUUCUUUCCCUGUUGUUGUUGCCUCUUCUGCAGAAAUGGCUAAACUUUUUCUCAGGACACAUGAUCAUAUCUUUGCCUCCAGGCCUCCAACCGCAGCUGGCAAGUACACAACUUAUAACUAUUUGAAUAUUACAUGGGCUCCUUAUGGACCAUACUGGCGUCAAGGCCGCAAAAUUUACCUCAGGGAGCUGUUUAGCUCAAAACGACUCGAAUCUUACGAGUUCAUUCGUGUUGAGGAAUUGCGAGCCUUUGUCUCUCGUUUAUAUACCUCAUCAGGGAAGCCUAUUGUGCUUAAAGAUCAUCUCUCACGCUUUACCCUAAGCAUUAUAAGCAGAAUUGUGUUGGGUAAGAAGUACUUUUGUGAGUCGAAAUCUGAAACUUCAGUCGUGACACUUGAAGAGUUCCAAGAAAUGCUGGACAAUUUGUUCAUGCUGAAUGGAGUGCUAAAUAUUGGGGAUUGGAUUCCAUGGAUGGAUUUCUUGGACCUGCAAGGGUAUGUGAAGCGAAUGAAGGUCUUAAAGAAGAGAUUUGAUCGAUUUCAUGACCAUGUGUUUGAUGAACACAGAGCCAAAAGGGAAGGAGUGAAGGAUUUUGAGGCAAAAGACAUGGUGGAUUCACUACUGCGGCUGGCUGAUGAUCCCAAACUUGAUGCUAAGCUAACUUCUGAUAGUGUCAAGGGGUUCACACAGGAUCUCAUUGCUGGAGGCACGGAUACCUCAGCUACAACUGUGGAAUGGGCUAUGUCUGAACUUCUGAAACAACCAGAGCUUAUGAAGAAGGCAACAGAAGAACUUGAUAGAGUAAUUGGCAGAGAAAGAUGGGUUGAAGAGAAAGACAUCCCACAACUUCCUUAUAUUGAUGCAAUUAUGAAAGAAACCAUGAGGAUUCAUCCAGUGGCUGUACUCUUAGCCCCGCAUUUGGCCCUUGAAGAUUGCAAUGUUGCUGGUUACCACAUUCGUAAAGGCACUAGAGUGUUUAUAAACUCUUGGAGUUUAGGUAGAGACCCUUCAGUAUGGGAUGCGCCUGAAGAGUUUCGGCCUGAGAGGUUCAUAGGCAAAGCAAUUGAUGUGAAGGGCCAAAGCUUUGAGCUUUUGCCAUUUGGCUCUGGUAGGAGGAUGUGCCCUGGCUAUAGCCUCGGACUGAAAAUGAUUCAGUCUAGUUUCGCUAACAUGUUACACGGUUUUAACUGGAAGUUGCCGGGGAACGUAAAACCUGAAGAUAUCAGCAUGGAGGAAGUUUAUGGAUUGGCAACAAUAAGAAAGUUCCGACUUGUUGCAGACAUGGAGCCCCGACUCCCACUUCAUCUUUAUUAAUUGAGAUAUUAAUAUAAUUAGUUUCCAAUUUUUCUUUAAUUUUAAUAAGUGGAGGUUGAAUUGAUCAUGUUUCUUCAACCUCGCUUGGUACUGUCUCUAAAAUCUUGACAUUGAAACAAGUUUAAGGCAGUUCCCCUGUACUGUUUCCUAUUAUACUAAUAUAGAUAAAGUCUUGAUAUGGUUA